AUGAACAAACAACAGUCUUGCACUUCUCUCAAGUCAAAAUCCCAGCAAAUGCAACAGCAACAGCAACAGCAACAGCAACAACCCCAGCAAACUCGAUCUCACAAACGACAAAGAGUUGACCCUCGGCUAGCAUACUAUGAAGCUAAGGCAUUUGAAGUGACCGAGGAUGAGUACCGAACAGACCAAAUCUUUAACCUUAAGGCCAAAGAGCUCGAUAGUCUGCCUAACGCGGCCAUGAUUGAUAUGCAGCCGGAAAUCGAAUGGUACAUGCGACCAUUCUUGUUGGACUUUAUUCUCGACACUCAUUAUACUCUGCGUCUGAGUCCAAGCACACUGUUCCUAGCUGUCAACCUCGUCGACCGAUACUGUUCGCGGCGCAUUGUGUCCAAGAAACACUACCAACUGGUGGGAUGCACUGCGCUGUGGAUUGCAGCCAAGUUUGAAGAUAAAAAGUCUCACAUCCCGCAACUCAAUGACCUCAUUGGUAUCUGCUGUGAUCUCUAUGAGGACGUUAUGUUUGUCCAAAUGGAGGGUCACAUUCUCAACACUAUUGAGUGGCAGGUGUCUCAUGCAUCUGUUGAGUCGUUCCUGCAGUUAUUGCUUGGUUCAAAGUGCAAUCCAGUUCUUUCUUCUAUUGCACACUAUCUUGCAGAGGUCUCAAUGUAUCACAAGGAUUUCUUUUCCUUCCGACCAUCAGUCAUUGCCAAUUGCUGCGUGGCUCUCGCUUCUCAUAUUCUUUCACAUUCCGAUUCACAACAGCAACCGCCGGUCGUUGCUUCGUCCUAUUCAGGGAUGCAUGACUUCGAUACUCCACCAACAACUCCUCCGCAUUCACAACAACAACAACAGCAUCAAUUACCACAAAACAUUUCGGUUCUUCCAUUUAGUUCAUCCCCAGCAUCUCCAGAGUUCCAAUGCAUCAGCCUGCUGCAGUCACACAUGGCCAACCCUACCAAUUCUCUUCAACGCAAGUACAUGAAGUCGGCAUAUCACCAGAUCCCUCGCAUCAUUGCAUACUACCUCGCCCUGCGAUCUAAGAUGCUUGCCUUCAUGUCAUCUGCUCUUCCUCCUUCUCCUCUGCCUUCUCGCUCGUCUUCGGUUGUUUACGAGAGUGAAGAGUCACAGAACUGUGACCUGGUGCCACCUUCAUCACAAAACGUUGCUGGUGGAGCUGUGGGAUACAUGACUCCUCCAAGAACCCCAUCACCGGAAGAACAACAACAAGAACAACAAGAACAACAACAACAACAGGAACAAAAGCCUGAUCAAGAGAUGUAUGAGGCCGUUCCUUCUCCACGGACUACAAAUGUUGGAGUAUCUGCCGCGCAGAUGCCCAUGGUCCACCAGCCCCAUCCUCACCACGCUUCUUAUUCUGCAUCUAUGAUGACUGUGUCAUAA